UGCCUUAUCAUUUGGUUAGAGAGUCAUUUUUUUAUUUUUCUUUAUUUUUAAGCUUUGAUUGAUGAAGUUUUAGAGUGAAAGUGUUUACAGCUGACGCUUUGAUUGAAGUGUGAUAUCCACUUGGAUUUACUCCUUGCUGAUCACAACAACAGGAAAUAAGAGGCGUCCUCCACAUGCGAGGGAGGAAAGCUAGGAAAGUGAGAUUGAAGUCGCGCAUAUUCUGAGCAAAAAUUCAGGAUGGCCCUAGCACUGAAGGUCCACAUAGUGGACCAGAACGGGACGAAAAUGAUGCAGUUCGAUCCCACCGCCGUCGUCACCGACGUCUGCAUGAUCAUCAGAGAGAAAAUCACCGAUUCUAACCUGGGACCGCCCAAGGACUACGGACUGUUCCUUCCAGGAGAUGAGGUUUCCGGCACAGGAGUCUGGCUGGAAUCUGGAAAAAGCCUCAGCUAUUAUCUCCUUCGAAAUCAGGACGUGAUCGAGUACCGCAGGAAAGUACGACAGUUGAAGAUACGGAUGCUGGACGGAACGGUCAAGACGAUGUUGGUUGACGACUCACAGCCCGUCUCGCAGAUCAUGGUCGUCAUCUGCGCUAAAAUCGGAAUCAUGAAUCACGACGAGUACUCCUUGGUGAACGAGGAGGAGGAGGAAGCCGAGAACAGGCCGACGUUCGGGACGCUGACGCUGAAGAGGAAAAAGGAGGGAGACAAAGAGAAAGAGAGAGACCGCGACUCCAAAAUGGAACAGCUGAAGAAGAAAAUUCGAACGGACGACGAAUUCAACUGGGUAGACCACAGCAAGACCCUCCGGGAGCAGGGCAUCGAGGAAUCCGACAUCCUUCUCCUCCGGAGGAAAUACUUCUUCUCGGACCAAAACAUCGAUUCCAGAGACCCCGUGCAACUUAAUCUUCUUUAUGUUCAGUGCCGGGAUACAAUCCUAGACGCCACCCACCCGGUCACUCAAGACAGAGCUUGCAACUUCGCUGGAAUCCAGUGUCAGAUACAGUUCGGGGAUUACAACGAGACCAAGCACAAGCCCGGGUUCCUUGACCUGAAGGAGUUCCUCCCACAGUGCUACGUGAAGAACAAAGGAAUCGAGAAGAAAGUUUUCAACGAACAUAAAAUGUUUGCCGGGAAGAGCGAGCUGGAAGCUAAGGUUAUCUACGUAGGCGAAGCUCGUUCCCUGAAGACCUUCGGCGUGACGUUCUUCUUGGUGAAGGAGAAGAUGCCUGGCAAGAACAAGCUGGUGCCUCGCCUUCUUGGGAUCACCAAGGACUCCGUGCUCCGCCUGGACGAGAAGACCAAAGAGAUCUUGAAAACUUGGCCACUGACCACCGUUCGGAGAUGGGCCGCUUCUCCGAAUACCUUCACUCUUGAUUUUGGUGAUUACUCCGACCAGUACUACUCUGUGCAAACUCCUGACGGCGAGCAGAUCUCUCAGCUGAUCGCUGGGUACAUCGACAUCAUCAUGAAGAGACAGAAGAAGCUGGACCACAUAGGCAUCGAGGGAGACGACGGAGCUUCUAUGGUGGAGGAUACGGUGGCUCCUAGCAAAGCAAGCACUAUCCAGUACAGUGGUACAAAUCUGAAGCAGACAAGCAAUGAGUUCGUCGCUCUGCCGGGUAUCUUAGCACCAGGUGCAGUUGGUGCACAGGAUGCGAGCACCAAGAUGCUGCCAGGCACCGGCACCAAACAAGUGAGGAUCGACGACCGGGUUGACAUAGUUCACCAAAGAUCAUCCGUGGAGCAACCGAACGUCGUGACCAUCCUAAGCAAGCCCCAGAAAGCUCUGGUAUCAACAAUUCAGGCUGGAAAGAUUGUCAUCAGCGACUCGAUGGAGAGCCUGAACACGAAGACCGACCUUCCAGAAAUUGGCUCUGACCCAGCGUCCAUGAAGUGGAAGGAAGUGACCCUCGAUUCGAAGCGACAGAUUGUAGUCAGUCAGAUCGCUGCUAUGAACGCUGCCACAGCUGAAAUCACUUCCCUCUCUUCUCCUGCCUAUGGUGAAGUUGACCACACUGCUAUCGGAGCCUCUAUCCAUACCAUCAUCUCUAACUUGGCAGAGAUGUCUAAAGGUGUUAAAAUGAUUGCUGCUCUGUCAGACAAAGAGGACGAUUCCAGCCAUUUGCUGGGUGCGACAAAGAAUCUCUGUGAAAGUUACUCAGAUCUGAUUGAAACGGCAGAUCCUCAGAACAAGAGGCCACGCCAAGAUUUGCUCCAUGCAGCCUCUCAAGUUGGUGAACUGUCUAAUGCUGUUUUGCAUACACUUGAUGGAGAGAUGGAUCAUGAAACUCAAGACAUAUUGAUAGGGAAAGUAGAGACUCUGGGUAAUAAUGCAGCAACUCUCAUCUUAAAAGCUAAGGCUCAAGUAGCCCAGUGUGAAGACCAAGAACUACAAAAUGCAAUUAUGGACGAGGCUAUGGCAUGUGCAUUUGCAACUGCUCAGUUGUGUGCUUGUGCUAGAAUCAUGGCACCCACGAUUGAUAACCCUAUUUGCCAAAAUCAGAUGACGGAUGCAACAAAAGAGGUUGGAAGAACUGUUGAAAAUAUACUUCAACAAUGUCAAAAUGCUGUGCAAGAUGAUGCUCAAUUAGCAGACUGUAAUGAUGCUGCUGAUGAAGUUAGACGUAAUCUUGCCGAUCUUCUGGACUUCAUAAAAACUUCAGGAGAAACAAGAAAACGUCAGGGUGUCCAUGACGAGGCAAUUGAAACCAUACUUUUGUCAAGUGAGAAACUGUAUGCUUCCCAAGGAAAUGCUGCCGAGAUGCUGAGACAAGCAAAGAUAUUAGCUCAGGCUGCAUCAUACCUCAUUGAGUCAAUUAAAUUUGAGGCAGAAUCCGAAACAGAUCCCACAACAAAGAAUAGACUUAUGGGAGCAGCAGAAAAGCUAGCGGAAGCCACAGCACACAUGAUAGAAGCAGCCAAACAGUGUGCAAUGAAUCCCAAUGAUGAAAAAUGUCAGGCAGCACUCAGAGAAGCAGCAGAAAAUGUUAGAAUUGUGGCAAACGCAGCCACUGGCAAUGCUUUGAACAAAAAGAUAAUCAAGAGUGUUGAGAAUGCUGCUAAGCUUGCUGCAGCAACUGGCAUUCAAUGUAUGGCUGCUGCACAAGGGGCUGGUCCUUACAACAGUAGCUCUGCAUCACAAGCAGAAUUACUGUCUGAUGGUACAGCUGUGGGUGACUGCAUUCCACUGCUAGUUGCUGGGGUGAAGGGUACUGUCAAUGACAUUGAUUCUCCAAAAGCUCAGCUGGCUCUCAUCAAUGCAUGCAACCAGUUUCUGAAUCCAGGCACCAAAAUGGUUUCAUCAGCUAAGUCAGCCUUACCAACUAUAACAGAUCAGGCUGCUGCAUUUCAACUCAACAACUCUGCAAAACAAUUUGGACAAGCCCUAGUGGAUCUUAGAUCUGCCAUCGGCAAGGCACAGGAAGCGUGCAGCUCUCUUGAAAUUGAUUCUGCAGUAGAUUCAAUUAAAAACUUUGAUGAUGAUCUUAAUGACUUACAGAAAGCUGCUGAAACAGAUACUCUACGGCCUCUGCCAGGUGAGACCCCAGAAAGUACGACACAGCAUCUGGCAAAUUCUAGUAAAUCAGUGGGUUCUAAUAUGGCUCAGCUAUUGUCUUCAGCACUUCAAGGUAACCAGCAUUUUACUGGCUUAGCGUCAAGAGAUGCUGCAAUAGCACUCAAGGAUUAUAACUCUGCUGUACGUGGAGUGGUUGCCACUUCUGACAGUCAUGAUCUUCAUAAUCGUCUGAUUGCUGCCGCUCGUGAAGUAAUGCUUAGAUCAUCUGAAUUAAUUGAAGAAGCCCGAGUUGUUGUUGAAAAUCCUGCAAAUUCUGCUGCAAAGGGAAAACUUAUUGAUAUAGCGAAAAGUGUUUCUGAAGCUCAAAGCAAUGCUAUUAAUAGUUUGCCUGGUCAAAAAGAUGUAGAUGAUGCCAUCAGUGAUAUUGAAUAUUCAACUAAUGACUUAUAUGAAGGGAAACUACCCACUACUUCGAAACAAUAUGGUGAAUUACAGUCUGAACUAAAAGCAGCAGCCGAAGAGCUAAAUAAUGUCCUUUCUGAGGUUGGGACAUCAGCACGCACAUCAGGUCAACAACUAGCUACAGUAGUAAAGAAGGUACCAUUAGCCUUUGCCACUUUGAUGAAUACUGGUAUGGAGAUGGCUGGGUCUAUGGACGAUGGUAAGGACAGAGCACAUAUGGUUGAUGGCUUAAAAGAACUAUCCCUAUUAUUACCAAAGUUAUUGUUCCAUGCCAAAGGAGUGGCCCUUGACCCUAAUUCUGCAAAUACCAAGAACAACCUUGCUGCUGCUACGCGAGGUGUUAUGGAUUCAAUCAAUGACCUUAUCAAUGUGUGUACUACAGCUGCACCCGAACAAAAGGAGUGUGACAAUGCCAUAUCUGCUAUCAAGUCUUUACAUCCCCUCCUUGACCAACCUUCUGAACAAAUCAAUGACCAGUCUUACUAUGAAUGCUUAGGUACAGUUAUGGACUGUUCAAAAGUGCUGGGAGAAGCGAUGACAGGGAUUGUAAGUCAUGCAAAAGCUCAAGAUCAUGAAAAGUUUGGGCGUUCUGUAAAAGGUGUGAGUAAUGCCAUCUGUGGAUUGACUGAGAGUGCUGCUCAGGCUGUUUAUUUGGUCGGUAUUGGGGAUCCUUCAAGUGUCAUUGGCCGUCCUGGAUUAGUAGAUCAAGCCCAGUUUGCCCGCGUUCAAGAUUCUCUUCGCGAGGCCUGCGAUGUUCUGAAGGAUCCGAGUAGCAGCAAACCCCAAAUUCUUAGUGCUGCAACCGUCAUUGCUAAAAACACGAGUGCCCUGUGCAACAGCUGCCAAGCAUCUUCUGCCAAAACAAAUAACCCAGUAGCCAAGAGACAUUUCGUCCAGUCAGCUAAAAAUGUGGCACAUGCAACUGCCAACUUGGUGAAAGACAUCAAAGCACUGAGCAUAAACGAUAACGAGGAGACCCGAGGUCGUUGCAGUGAAGCUACCAAGCCGCUGCUAGACGCAGUGGAUAGCCUGUGUGUCUUUGCUAACUCUCCGGAGUUUGCUCCUGUCCCCUCCCAGAUCUCCAGCAAAGCUCGGGAGGCUCAGGUACCCAUCAUAUCAGCCAGCAAAGCCAUCAUGGAUGGCUCCUGCUCCAUGCUGGAAAUUGCGAAGGGUCUAGUGGUCAACCCUAAAGAUGCUCAGUCUUGGCAAGCAAUGGCAAAAGAGAGCAAAGGUGUCUCUGACAGCAUUAAGGCCCUGGUCUUUACAAUCAGGGACAAAGCUCCAGGCCAAAAGGAAUGCGACCAAGCAGUUGACAAACUGAAUAUGAAUAUCAGAAACUUGGAUCAAGCUUUCCUCAGCAUGAUGGACCAGGAUAUGCAACAACAUAAUGAAAGCAACAUUCAGGGAUUCAACGAGCAAGUAGAAAAUGCUGGUCACGCUUUGCUCGGAAGUGUUGAUAAAGUCCGCGACGCAGCUAAGUGCAGAGCAGAAAUGCUCGGUCAUUCUGUCAUCCAGAUGUCAAAUUACUUCGACCCCCUGGUGGCAGCAGCUAUAAGCACAGCGUCUAACAUGGCAAGCAGCAAAAAGCAGAGGAGUCUGCUGGACCAGGCGAAGAAUGUGGCAGAGUGCGCUCUGCAGCUGGUCUAUGCUUCCAAGGAGUCUGGCGGGAAUGGCAAGGCUAGUGAUGCUCAUCAAGAGGUGGAUGAGGCUGCUGAUGCCACAAAACAAGCUUUGAAGGAUCUGUUGUCUCUAGUGGAGAGUAUUGCCACAGAGGCCGGAGUUGUCACAGGCUUAGUGGAGUCUAUUACAACUGCCAUGAAUCGAACAGAAGACCCAGCAAUGGCAAAAGCAGCCACGAGUGGCGACGACUUUGUCGAGUACCAGACACGUAUGGUCACAGCUUCCAAGGAGAUUGCCAGGCUUGCUCAGGAUAUGAUUGGCAAAGCAGCAGCUGAUCCCUCGCAAAUGGGAACUUUAGGAGCUGCUGUAUCUCACCAGUACAACUCUCUAGCUGCAGAUUCCUUCGGGGCAAUGCGCCAAGCAAAUAACAGUGAUGUGGCCUUCAGACUUCGCUCAAGCAUCCAUGAACUUGGCCAGGCCUGUAUAGAUCUUGUCAAGGCAGGAGGAACAGUGCAGGCAUCCCCUGGAGACAGCUACAAUCAGAGGGAGCUGGCUGAGGCAGCUCGCCAGACUGGCGAGAAGGCUUCCCACGUGCUAGCUGCCUUGCAAGCUGGGUCCCGUGGUACACAGGCCUGCAUCAAUGCCAAUUCCACAGUUGCAGGCAUCCUCGGAGACCUGGACACCACUAUCAUGUUUGCCUCUGCAGGAACUCUGAGCGCCGAGGGCGACGGUGAGAACUUCUCAGAUCACCGAGAUAACAUCAUGAAGGCUUCUCUGACACUGGACGACAACGCCAAGGCCCUGGUUGCUGGAGCGUCCUCUUCGCAAGAGAAGUUGGCCCAGGCUGCACAGAACGUCUCUAGUACCAUCGUGCAUCUGGCUGAAGCUGUGAAGAGUGGAGCAGCUUCGCUGGGAUCGAACCACCCUGAGGAGCAGGUCAUGUUGAUUAAUGCUGUCAAGGACGUUGCCCUCGCCCUUGGAGACCUGCUGCACAGUACGAAGGCCGCCUCAGGGAAGCAUCCUAAUGAUCCGACAAUGGUCGCUCUCAAAGAGUCCGCUCAGGUGAUGGAGAACAACACAGCUUCUUUACUGAAAGCUGUCGAAGCUGUUGAGGAUGAACACACCCGCGGUACGAGAGCUCUCGAAGCAACGAUUGAAGCUAUCGCAAAGGAAAUUAAGAUAUUCAACUCCGACGAACCUCCGAAAAUCAAAGCCACUCCAGAAGAACUGGUUCGCUCGGCAAAGCCAGUCACCAUCGCUGCCGCCAAAGCCGUCGGGGCAGGGAACAGUCUCAAGCAGGAUGACGUCAUCGUUGCUGCCAACAUGGGUCGCAAGGCUAUCUCUGACAUGUUGAUUCGAUGCAAGGCAGCAGCAGUCAACGCUGAAACGCCGGAGAUUCAGGUUAAAGUCACGACGGCCGGACGCGAGUCGGCCGAGCGGUUCCGAAUGCUCUUGCAGAGCGUAUUGCACCUUCUCCACGAGCCUGGACCGAACGCAGCUGCCGCGUUGACUGAUGGGUCCAAAAACACUGCCCAGGCUAUAUCGGAACUCGUCUCAGCAGCCGAAUCUCUCAAAGGUGUUGACUUCGAAGAUCCAGAUGACCCGACGGUUGUCGCUGAGACAGAGCUUCUGGGAGCAGCAAAGUCGAUCGACGUAGCCGCGCGCAAACUCAUGGCUCUCAAACCCAGGAGACAAAAGAGUGAGAACGAUGACGAACCGAUACAUAGCGACGAGAUCAUCCUGGAAUCUUGCAAGUCUCUCGCGCCGAUCAUCAGAACCCUCAUCGAGGCAGCGGCCGCGGCGCAGAAGGAACUCGUCGAGUCCGGCAAAGUGAGCCGGUGCCCUUCGAUCAUGUCAGACGACGGCCAGUGGUCAGAGGGACUCGUCUCGGCCGCCAAGUUCGUCGCAGCGGCCACCCACUGUCUCGUAGAGGCCGCGAACUCCCUGAUGCAGGGGCACUCCAGCGAGGAGAAACUCAUUUCCUCCGCCAGGCAAGUGGCGGCCUCGACGGCCCAGCUCCUCGUGGCUUGCAAGGUCAAGGCGGAUCCUUACUCGAAAGCCAUGAAGAGGCUGCAGGUUGCGGGCAACGCUUGCAAGCGAGCGACGGAUCGCCUCGUGAAGGAGGCGCGUAAGUCUACCGAACAGGAGGAGGAGUUCACCGUCGUGUUGAAGACCCGCCACGUCGCCGGUAUGGCCCAGGAGAUAGAGGCCAGGGAACAGGUUCGAAGGAUAGAGGACGAGUUGGCUAAAGCGAGGUCUAAGCUGUCGUCCAUCCUAAGGAAGAAGUACAGAGACGCCAACGAGGCGGGAGCCGCUAAUAUGGCCGCCAAACGGGAGUCUGUCGUAUCGAAGGAUCGAGUGGUGGCCGGUAUGGAGCAGGAGAUAGAGGCUCGAGAGAAAAUACUCAGGGUGGAGGGGACACUCGCCAAAGCGAGGGCGAAACUCGAGGUCAUCCUCCGAGAGCGGCACAAGGACGAGGAGGAUUCCGUCGUCCUCAAGUCCGAAAAGGAGAGUAAUGUUUCUCGGUAUGAAAGCACUGAGUCAGCCAACAGCAAAAACAGGAAGCUUAAAAUCACCUACAAGCCGCACGUCUAGGCGAGAGAGAGAGAGAGAUUUCGAAGCUAUGUGAUACUACGAAAUUCCUGUCUUUUGGACGAUGGUUAAGAAGGAAUGAGACCACCGAAGAUGGGAGAUUACCGCCCAAAGAACUCCGAUGACAAAGAGAAACCCUCAGCUCUCUGUAAAGGAAGGACUCUUAAUAUUCUUGAAAAUAACUUUUUAUAUUAUUUAUACAUGUUGUUGCUGCUGGAAGCGUAUUUUAUAGGACCUCCACACUGUGUGUGUAUGACUGUCCGAGUGAAAUAGGAGUUUGUAAGAAGCUGUACUGCAAAGUGGACAAAGCUACUUUAGAAGCAACAUUAAAAGUCGCCUGGUAAACAGUGAGGGACAACUGAAGUAGGAAAGAAGCUUUAGAACCACAGAAAUCUAUUUAACUCGCUUGAAAUACAAUUAUAGCAACAGCUUUCUUGUAACGGUGUGAUGCGUAAGUCACCAAAUGAGAUGGGAACUUGGGGGUUGCAGCCGUAAAUAUGAGAGAGAGAGAGAGAGAGAGAGAGAGAGAGAGAGAGAGAGAGAGAGAGAGAGAGAGAGAGCGUGCGUGUGUGUGUGUUUGGGUGUGUUGUGGAUGAUAGAAAACGUAUAACAGUUAAUAUUCUGGAGCAACACAGUUAAAUGCUCCAGUGUGUGGAGAGGAGGUUCAAGUGAUACUGAUAGGAAUUCUGCUUAUGCCUGAUUAGCAAAUAGACGCCGCUGACAUAUUCUGCACUAAAAGUUCCUCAUUGUUUCAACAAUUAAAAGGAUAAUUGUAGCAGUGAAUCCUGGGCUGUAGACUCCACCAUACCAAGAUUUAUGAGUGGUAAUUCUACGCUUCAUAUGUUAUGUUAUCCUAGAUUUAUAUUUGCUUGUUGUCUGUAUGUUACAUAAAAUUUCAACGUGCUUUUCAGCUAUGAAGAAGAGCUUGUAUGUGUUGGUGUAAUAUAUACAUACAUACACACAUACACAUAGACUGUUGAUUAUAUAUGUAUACAAUUAAAGAUUCUCUCGUUUUUAAAUCUAGUUUACUAAGUGGCCCAAGACACCACAUAUCUAAACUUAUUGUCAGUUGCCAAAGUUCGAAAAGAUAGUGCCCCAAUGUCUUUUGCUUUUGUUAUUUAAUCUCACAGAAACUACAUUUGCUGCGCAGUAACGGUGCGUUGAUAAUAAGGCGAAUAUGACUUGUCAUCAUGUUUUUCAUAAUAAAAAAAUUGUGUUCUUAA